AUUAAUUGGAAUUUACGAAUAUGUUAAAGGAACUUACUUGGCCAUGAUUCCAUGAAAGUACUAAUUUAUCAAACGCUCGCUAAAAAUUUUAAAGCGCUCACAAAAAGGAAUGGUGAAAAAUUAAAACAAACCUCUUCGAUGUUUUGACUAAACAUCGGGUUCUCAAAAAUAUCGACAAACAUCGAUGUUUGAAGCCACGACCAUCGAUGUUGCUCGAUACAACGAUGUUUUUUUACAUACCUAGAGUUGACCUUUCCAUCCCUACACUUGUAAGGCGAAAUAAACAAAUUGAUCGUAGGCGAGGAGUCUGUUAUUUAAAAAUUGCAAAAAUGGGAAAAGUUAACAAAAACAUUCGCGCAAAGGCCAAAGCAGCAGCUGCUAAAGCGGCCGGCGCUACCAAUAACAUCAAAUCAAAAAUAUCAGCAGUAGCCAAGUCAGAUGAAUCGAGUAUGACUGAGGAGAAGCUCCUCUUGCCGAAAACGCCAACGGUCAAGAAAAAAGCUAUUACCAAACGUGACAAGGUGCGACAGAAGCACAAACAACUUAUGAAUAAGUUUGCAUUACUAAAAAAGAAACGGAAAGAGGAAGCUGCGCGCAAAAAUCGUGAAAAGACUGCUGUGAUUGGUGAUUUGAAGCCCUUAAAGGACGCGCUGCCAUCCUUAGAUGAGCUCUUCAAAUUGAGCAAACAAAAGUCGGAUAUUAAAACCGGUAUAGAAAACAUUGAUGAAUCUACUCAGAGUGAUCAAAAAGGGAGGGAGGAAAAGAAACUGAAUGUUAAGCAAAAAUUAAAAAAGAAAAGGGAGAAAUUCAUAAGACAGGUCUCAUCAUACCAGGCUUUACUUAAAGAUCCAGAUUUCAAAAAAAAUCCACGUGAUGCUAUUUCUUAUCAUAUUAAAUAUAAACAUGGACUUAUUGAUGAGUAAAUUAUAAUAUCAAUUUUAUGGUGUAAUAAAUCUAUAUUGUACAUAUAUUAAAAUAAGUUAAUCUAUUUUUAUCACGCUUUUAUUAGCUGGGGAUGUAACUAUGUAAUAUUGAUGCGCCUAAAAGAUGCAGCGAUUU